AUGUCUAAGCCUCAAGUAUUGUUUAUCGGAGAACCUAACAGGGAUCUGCCAGAGUUUCAUGAGUUUUCUGCUCAGUUUGAGUGUAUCCAUUAUAAAAUAACAUCUAAGGAAACUCUUCUGGAAGAUCUCCAGGGGAAACUUUCCAAAGUGGUGGCAAUUUACGGGUCUUGGUUAGGGUUCCAUCCAGUGGGUGGGUUGACCGAGGAUAUAGUGCAGGCAUUGCCUGAUUCAUUGAAACUUGUCACAAGUUGUUCAGUUGGACUCGAUGGGUGGGGUAGUGAGCAGCUGGCUAAACGCGGAAUCAAGCUGUACAAUUGUCCAUCUUUGGGUGCAGAGCAGGUUGCUGAUCUGGUAUUAUACCAUACUUUGCAAUCUUUCAGAUACUUCAAGGUAUUUGAGGAUAAUUUCAGAGAGUCUGGGCACACCGUCAAAACUAGAAGUCUUCUUCAAAGUGCUUCCCUGGAUAAACAGACGGGUAAGGUGGUGUUGAACUCGACAGACAGCUCUGAUUAUGCCUUUGGCCAUAGAUUGGGUGAUUCUUUACCCAUUUUGACACCCUUUGGGAAAAAUGCAGUUGUUGUUGGAUUUGGUUCCAUUGGUUCCAGAAUCGCCAAAAGGUUGCAUGCUAUUGGAAUGAACAUCAGCUAUGUAAAAAGAACUCGUCUUUCUUCAGAGCAAGAAGCCCAGUUGUUGUUUCCAGUAAAGUAUUAUGCUUCUUUGAAGGAAGCUGCCCCUGUUGCUGAUCUAGUUGUGUUGUCACUUCCUGGUACUAGUGAGACUGAAAAUUUGUACAAUAAGGAGAUAAUUGACUUAGUUCCUCAUAGGUCCCGAGUGAUUAAUGUUGGACGAGGCACAAUUGUGAAUGAGGAUGAUUUGUUGGCAGGUUUGAGAUCUGGAAAAUUGUCUUUUGCCGGAUUAGAUGUCUAUGCCAAGGAGCCUGCUGUUAGCAGAGAGCUGAUAGAAAGACAGGACGUAAUUCUCACUCCUCAUAUUGGAUCAUCCACGGUAGAGAAUUUCAACGACACUUCCAUUUUCUGUUUAAGAAACAUCCAGGAUGUUAUUUUAUAUGGGAAGGAGGGCCUUAGCCGCGUCAACUGA